CUUCUUACAAUUUAUCACAGGACGACACGACAAUAAUUUAUAAUGCAAUCUGGAUUGUAUAUUAGCAUGGUGCAGAUAUGAAUGCUAUUCCCCUAUUUGCAUUCACCGAUCGUACGACUUAUAGCUGCUCUGCUUUAUUUGCUCCAGGUACCGAAUUGUGGAGGUUCACGUGACGAAAGCAUGACCUUUACCAGCCUUUGGUAAAUCACCUUCAAAAGAGAAUCAGAUCCAAUAGGGGCGAGCUAUGGCUUCCUUUGGGUCUUCACCGGUCUAUACCGUGCCGCGCCGAAAGGUUGUUGCUGUGGAGCACCCGAUGGCAAUCAACGAUGUCGACAGUACCAUGAAGACUUUUGGCAGAGGCGCGCCGUUAGCCCAGAUACUUGAUGCCGAAGAUUAUGAUGGUUGCCUGCCACUGUUUUUGCGCCCAGAGGACCCAUCGUGUCCUCCCAAUCUGUCACAAAAUGCACCUACCAAUAAUGUGUUGCUGAAAGUCACCAUCCCCAAGAGGACAGGCCGCAAGCGCAAACGGGGCUCCCAGGAUCCUUUUGAGUACCACCUAGACAUGCAGGAACCAGAACCUGAGCCAAUAGCCCAUGACGAUCAGCCACCAGGGCUACUGUCACACUCACGACUUGAUGAUCCUAGCUAUCUACAGAAGAGACUGAGAGAUUGCCGUGGAUAUUAUCACAUCCAGCCUGUAGGCUCUAUCGAACAGACUCAUCGGUAUAGGGGGCUCUCAGAUUUCCACUAUUCCACCACGCAUGGCAACUAUAUGACAAAAUUCCGUAACACUAUUAUGACCGGUGAUCUGGAUAAGAUCAAACAAUACAAGCUCGAUCCUAGUCGCGGCCCAAAGCAAAUGACAGAGCUUAUCCCGCCUCCAACAAUGACCGAUCAUCCCCUUCCUUUCAACUGGGGCUACCAUCAAAAUCCAACAAUCAGAGUAACUACAGACCAUCAGACUGGUAAGAAGACACUUAUUAACCAUUCCACCCCGGCGAGACUUGCCACCCUCUACGUUGCCCACGACAUCCCAGUCACACCUUCGGGUCCAACGAACCCUCCGCCCGACGACCCCCUCCUCAUCUCUGUCAUCGAAGAGCUUCAGGCUGCUCUCGCUGAGCGCCCAAUAUGGACCCGCCGGGCGAUCAUGAACCGCAUCGGCGCCUCCCCAGGUGUCUACCUCCUCAAGCCAGCGAUGCAGUACGUGGGCUACCAAUUCCGCGGUGGUCCCUGGCGUGACGCCAUCAUCCGGUACGGCGUAGAUCCUCGCACAGAUCCCAAAUACCGCUUCUACCAGACGCUAUUCUUUAAGAUCUACGACGAGGUUGAGAAGGUGCCUGGGCAGCCUUGGACGGAUAUCAGGUCGGAGUAUACACGGCGCGCGCAGGUUACAGAUAUCUCCCUCGACAGCCACAUCUUCGACGGUACGAAGCUGUCGCUCGAUGGCAAAAUCUGGCAGGUCUGCGAUAUUACCGAUCCGAUGAUUCAGCGCCUCGCAUCGACGUCAACAUUACGCUCAACCUGCGAUCUCGAAGUCAACGGCUGGUACUGCAACGGGACAUGGGCGAAGAUCAAGGCCGUGAUGCGGACAAAGAUAUCUGCAAUCCGUGCGGGCAAGCACGUCCCAGACGAAGCCUUCGAGACCGUCCUCAAAGUCCCAGACUUCGUGGAGGAGAAAGCCAAGGCUGGCAAGGUUUCCAUCCCGAUGCCUGAUCUGAAGAAAGUCGGUAUUAAGGUGGGGGAGAGCGUGAACGGGGCGAGGAAGAAGAGAAUCAGAAUGGCGGCUAGGAGAUGGAAGGCCGGCGGCGCGAAAAUCCCAGGGUUGAGUGCUGUGCCUGAGGAUAUAGCGGUGACUGGCGAUGGUAGUACGGCUGCUGAAGAGUCGGUUGAGACUAUGACGGAAGAUCAGAAUGCGAGCGUCUACGGAACGGAGCAAGAUUACGAUGAGGAUGAGAUGAUAGAGGAAGAAUAUGAUGACGAAGGAGGACACGAUGAAGAUGAGGAUGAAGUUGAUUACGAUGAGGCAGAGUCCGAAUCCGAAGGUGCAGGGGAUAGUGGGGGCGAUGAAGAGGAUGACAUAAACUCUCCUAAAUAGAAAUGCAGAAUGCAUCAAUAAUAAUGAGACGAUAACAAUAGAGAGAUAAAGUAUAGUUUCUAUAGCUCUAUUUUAUAUAUGAACUCCGUCAUACC